CUGAGCCAAAGGCUCGUACUUUGGUUCAGUUGAGGCUAGGUAUAUAAGUCUCUGUCGCCCCUUCCCGAUAAGGUUUUGCAAGUGCAUCUCGGUUUCUUUCGACUUCAACAGCUUUCUUCAAGCAUUUUCUUCUCCAAUCGGUUAUCAUACACGAUCUAGAGACUUUGGACAUAAUGGAUUCGAGGGCAGAGACGUUGGCGGGGGAUAAGGAGGUUGAGCGAAGCGUGUCCCCUUCGCCUCGCCCUUCCUUCAACAAAGAAAUAGACAACAAAAUAGACGACCAACCAACCGAUAACGAAGAUGGCUCCGUUAAGAAUGUCUCAGAAGGAGUUGCAAACGGAGAAGAUGAGGUGGAAUAUCCAGCAGGAUUUAGAUUAGCGGCUAUUGUUGUUGCUUUACUUCUCAGUAUCUUUCUAGUUUCACUUGACAUGACUAUUGUCGCAACGGCGAUCCCCAAAAUCACUGAUGAAUUCCAUGGACUGGAUCUUGUUGGAUGGUAUGGCUCAGCAUUUUUCUUGACAGUAGGAGCAUUUCAGAGCGUUUGGGGAAAGGGUUACAAAUACUUCCCAUUGAAGAUCACCUUUUUGAUAUCAAUCUUCAUCUUCGAAUUGGGCAGUCUCAUCUGUGGUGUGGCACCAAAUAGUACAGCCUUGAUUGUCGGCCGUGCUAUUGCUGGUCUUGGAGGAGCAGGUAUUGCUUCGGGAGCUUAUACUAUCAUCGCAUUCACGGCACAACCAUCGCAACGAGCUGCAUAUACUGGUCUUAUGGGAGCCGCAUACGGUAUCGCCUCAGUCAUUGGUCCACUUCUUGGAGGAGUCUUCGCCCAAAAGGUAUCUUGGAGAUGGUGCUUCUAUAUCAACCUUCCCAUUGGAGGACUUUCCGCUUUCAUUAUCUUCAUAUUCUUCCGUACACCGAAGCACGUUGUUCCAGUCAAGGCAUCACUGAAGGAGAAGCUUCUGCAAAUGGAUCUUCCUGGAGCAGCGGUCAUUAUGUGCGCGAUCAUCUGCUAUAUCCUGGCUUUGCAAUGGGGAGGACAGAGCAAGAGCUGGUCUAAUUCAGACGUCAUUGGAUUGCUUGUUGGCUUUGUUGUCAUCCUUAUCUUGUUCGCUGUCAUUGAGUACUUUCAAGGAGAGAGAGCGAUGAUUGUCGGUCGAAUCGCCAAAGAACGUACUAUCUGGGUUGGCAUGGUUUACAUCUUCUUCCUGGCCGGUGGAUUUUUCCUUCUACUAUACUACCUCCCUAUCUAUUUCCAAGUCGUCAGUGGUGUCACCGCUUCGGAAUCCGGUGUUCGAAACCUUCCGCUCAUUCUUGCGACCACGCUCGCCACUAUUUUCUCUGGUGGACUUAUCAGCGCCAAGGGACAUUUCGUGCCUUUCAUGAUCAUUGGGAGUUGUUUGACUACAGUCGGAUGCGGCCUUCUCUACAGCUUGAGCACACACUCGAGUUCAGGAGAGUGGAUUGGAUACCAGAUUGUCGCGGGUCUCGGAAUCGGUCUUGCACUUCAAGUCCCUAUCAUCUCGGCACAAGCCAUCGUUGAUCCGUCGGAUCUCGCAAGUGCUACAGCCAUGAUUCUAUUCUUCCAAACCAUCGGUGGCGCUUUCUUCGUCUCUGCUGGAGAAGUCGCAUUCACGAACAUUCUGCUUCAAAAGUUGCCAACAGACGCACCUUCUGUUAACCCGCAGAGCGUGGUAGCAGUAGGUGUGACACAAAUCAGGGCAACAUAUGCAGCAGACGUGGUUCCCGGAAUUGUCAAUUCAUACAUGUCUGGGCUGAAAGUCGCAUAUGCUAUUGCGAUUGCGUCUGCUGGUAUCUCAGUAUUUGCAGCUCUUUUCAGCAAGUGGAGGAACCUGAAGGGCAAGGUUCAAAUGGGUGGUGCAGCAUAAAGUUUUCAUUUGUAUCAUUACUAUGGCGUUGACAUAGAUUAAGAGCUUCAUCCCUAGAGAGGGAUAUUAUCUUGGGUUACAUGGGUGGAAGAGGUCAUUGGGUAGGGCGCAAAGGAUUCCUCGCUUUUUACUUUUAUAGAGCGCUGCUCAAGCAAGCAAACUCACUUCUCAAAUGUAAUAAUAC